AUGGAACUGAAGGGCUCCCCACCUGCCGGUGGUGUAGCAAGCAAUUUAGCUCCUGGCAGCAACUGCAGCGGCACAUUCACGACAAUGUGUGUCAACACAAGUCGUGUCAGGUGCCAGCAGACGUUGAUACUGCAGCUGGCCCAGACAACUCGUCCCAAGCCGAAACUGGUGACAAUCCUCAGUCGCUGCCUCCGGCGCUUGCUGUCCAACCACAGAGAGUCAGCUCUGAGUGCCCUGACCUGCCACACAUGUCCAAGGCAAGCGAUGAUACGCACCGCCUGGCAUCUAGCUCAGCGGCGCUACCUGGUACCGCUACCUCUGUCGGCACUGCCCGACGCCGGCAUCACGGAACCUACUGCGCCACCCCGACAGCCUGCCGCCCGCGAACCGCAGGUUAUGCGCACGCUUGAACAGCAUGAGCCCUGGGAUGCUAUGCAACAGUGCCCACAUCUGCAGGAAGAGCUUCUGCACCAUUGUUGCUUAUGCAGACAGUGGACGCCGGCCCGAGGAGGUACUAAGAUCCACCUGCGCGGCUCGCACGCGAAGGAAUGGGAGCAGGCAGGGAAAGCCGCCGAGCACAAUUGUCUGAAUUACGCCAGUUUUGUUACCAGCAGCACUGGAUGUCCCUUUUGCCUGGCGCCCAAGUUUGCGGAUAAGAGAGCUGCUCGUGCACAUGCACAAAACUGUCAGGUCUUGUUUCAGCUCGUGUUCCUGCGCAUCCUUCGCCAGCCGAGCCCUGGAGCCCCGGCCCGGGAACAGCAACAUCUCGUGCUACAGAAUGGCGAUAAAGUGCCUGUUGCCAUUGCUGUGCCCGUGCAAUCGAGACCCACACCUGAACAGAGCGAAUUUCUCCUGAGGCAUUGCUGGGGAAGCAACCCGCUAAAGCGGCCCAAGCCGGACCCGGAGAUCGAGCCUCGAGGCAAGGGUCGUGGCACUGGCAAGGGCAAGGGGAAAACCAAGAGCCCCACCAAGCAAGGCACCCAGCCUAGGGGCGUUCCGUGGGGCAAGGGCAAGUGGCCACAGUGGACAGCAUCCACUUGGGACACUCCUUCGUGGCCCAGUGCGCAGGGCCUGAAUGUCGAGGCCGCGAUCUAUGCCAUGGCAAAGCUGUGCCUGAGACAGGAGACGGAACUCAGCGAGCUUCGGCAGGAGAAGUCCUUCAUGCUCCACGUCAGCGCUGGGCCCCACGGCAUCCUCAAGCCACUGAUCCAGGCCUCGCUGAAAUGGAACGAGCUCCGAGAUCAGAUGAAGGUCGACUGCAGCCUGAAGUCCGAGCUCUUCAGCCUGAUGAUCAAAGAAACCGCGGCACGGAUGAUGAAGUUCGAGCAGACGCCGGAAAGCAUUGCGGGGGCGGAGAAGGCCAAGUGGGUGACCAACCAGCCGCUGACCUGGCUCUACCAGAAAUGGGAUCCGGAAGCACAUCUCCUUGUCCUCGACAAGAGCCGAAAGGGUAUGCAGCAUCAGGAUGUCAAGACUCUGCUGGACACAAUGAUUGCAGCCUUGAAGGAGGACCCCGAGGCUCUGAACCAGUUCACGGCCAAGCGGAGACUGACGGAGAGCAUGAGCGGCGCCUCUGUGGCGUUCAAGGUGACGGUGGGCCUUCGGAGUCCACAGUGCCAGAUCCUGUACGAUGCCCUUGCGAAGCUGGCUGGGCUAGCAGUCUUACAGCUCAUAGCCGCCAACAUGCACAAGGAGAGGCAGAAGCACGGCCGCGAAGCAGAGGAGGAGGGCAUGCCACAUGGAAUGCUGGGGGCGCUUGGGACUAGACUGCAGGCCCUGCUUACCACUACUCGGCCUGUUGUGCUUCGAGAUCUGCCCAUUAUUCAGGACAUGAUGCGAUGGUGGGCGCACCCCCUUAGGCAGCAUGACAUUGCAGAGUUCUUCUCACAUUUUGUGUCAUUCUGCUGUAUGCCCUUCGGCCAGGCGUGCUGGGAGGCAAGGGAUAUCAGGGGCCCAGCGCUUCAUGUGCUGGAUGAAGGCACGCUCCAAACACCGAUCCCCCUCCACAUUCCUGCAUCUCGUGCAGAGGAACAGCUGAGCACUUUUCAGGAUUGUGUUGAACAAUUCUUUCGGGGUCAACGAUGUGGUUGUGCGCUCGCCUCAGCAGCGCCACUUCUCUGCUUUCAGCUGAAACGAUAUGUGUUCAAUGAACGCACUGGUGCGGUGCGCAAACUCGCAAUGCCAAUCAGAUUCGAUGAGCCGUCACUGCAGGUGCCCAUCUGGGAGGAUGAGAGCACGUUACGGAUCAAAUAUGUGCGAUACCAAGUCAAUGCAAUAGCUUUUCAUGAAGGCCGCACACCAUAUGCCGGUCACUAUCGCACAUGCCUCCUCCAUCAGGGGUGUCUUUUUGUCACUGAUGACAACACGGAGGCGCGAAGGACAGACCCUCAGAUACUCCAAGUGGUUCAGUCCAACUCGUACCUAUUCUUGUGCACUCUCCAGUCUGCGUCCGCAGUCAGGUAA